AUGGGACUGACUAAUCAUAAAGGCCUUGAUGCCUCUAAUAUUAUUCUACGGCUGUUGCCCGAGGACCAACAGCCGCCCCCGCCGCAAUUGGAUGACCCAAGCCGACGAGGACGUAACCUCCACACCGCACAUAUACUGACCGUCAACUGGACAGCUGAUGGCGGGUGGGAAGCCCCUGAGAUCAGCCCGUAUGGCAAGCUCGCCCUCGAGCCGACUGCCAGCGUCCUCCACUAUGCCACCGAGGCCUUCGUACGUACAAGCCUAUGCUUCGUCAAAGUCGUUCCGUUAAUUAAUGUAACCAUUGUCCAGGAAGGCCUGAAGGUUUACCGCGGCUGGGAUGGAAAGCUCCGCUUGUUUCGACCAUGGCUCAACUGCCAACGGAUGCUCCGGUCCAAUGCCUACGUCGGACUUCCGUCCUUCAGUGUCGAUGAGCUGCUCACUCUUCUUGCUACCUUUGCACGCAUCGAAUGUCCUCAUUGGCUGCCUCACCCCGGCUCCAGCCUCUAUCUGCGACCGUCGAUGAUCGGCACUGGCUCAGCACUGGGCAUGCAGAAGCCCGCAGAAGCUCUCUUCUUCCUGUUCGGGGCCCUGUUCCCCCAGUCGACGGGAAACCAGUGUGCCAACCUUCUGGCUAGCUCGCCGGACCAGGUCCGUGCCUGGCCUGGCGGGUUUGGGUGCGCAAAGAUAGGGGCGAAUUAUGGACCAACCAUGCCAGCACAAACUGAUGCCCGAGAAAACGGCUGUACCUCGACGCUAUGGCUGUUUGCAGAGGAUGGGCAAGUGACCGAAUCAGGAGGAAGCAACUUCUUCGUUAUCUGGCGACGGGAGGACGAUGAGAACGUACUUGAGUUAGUCACCUGUUCUGUAACCGACCGCUUGAUCCUCAAUGGGAUCACUCGACGAAGUAUCCUGGAACUGGCCCGGGAAAGGCUGUCACAUACUAGCACCGGGGCGGCCGAGCUUCCCUGCCUUGAGGUGCGCGAAGGAAGGUUCGUCAUCCAUGAUAUCUUCAAGGCCCAAAAGGCGGGCAGACUUCUUGAGGCAUUCAUCACAGGCACUUCGGCCUCCGUCACACCCGUUGCUGGGAUCAAGUGGAAAGCGGAAGAGAUUACCAUUCCAGUCAAUCUAUUGGGAUUCACCAGCAUGUUCCAUAAAUGGCUUGACAAUAUCAUUUACGGUGUGGAGAGUCACGACUGGGCGUAUAUUGUCCCGGAAAUCUAA